AUGGCUAAAAGACCGUUAGACAGCGGGUAAUAGACACUUCAACAUACAAGUUUUCAUUCCAUAGAGACUUCAAACACUCCAAUGAGACGACUACUACCUCAGCAACAAAACUCUGUGAAUUACAGAAAUCAUGAUUUUAUCUUUUACGCUGAAAACCAGAAAAAGUUAGUUUAGUUUAAGAUAUUUAAAGACCACAUUAAAAUAAUCGAUCAUCAGGAUUUCAGAAACAUCGAAAGCUAUCUAAUAAACGACAAAAUGCAAGCAAACUAUAACGAGCAAAACGGAGAGAUUACACUGUAAUAGCCAAAGCCACAUUAAUUUGUGCUCUUUUUUAAAGUUUUAUCAGAACAACAAAAGAAUUACAAAACACUAAUUACCAGAUCAAAUAACGAUGCAGAGUUGUCUGUUAGAACAGGGCAUUAUAUGAUGAUAUAAUUCCCUCUUAAAAAGAAGGGAAGGUAUGAAAAAUUCUGUUUGUAUACAAAAAGAGCUGAAAUAGUGAAUUAAUAACUCAAAGCCCAAGACUUGUAUUUUAGUAGAAUUAAGACUAGCGGGAUGUAAACUAAAAUACCUUUGGCAUCUGUAAAAGCUAUGAAUCUUUCCAUUACUUAAUCAAACAGUAUACUUCCUAAUUAAUAUCAAUUCAAACUUAAAUUGACUCUAAAAAAGAACAAAAUAUUUGCAAUGAUUCAUUAAGACUUUAAUGUUAUCAAGAAGUUUGUACACUUUAUUCAGCAUCAGACCUGCUUUAUGCAUCAGCAUACUCCAGCUGAACAACUAAGUCAAAGGGAAAAUUACAUAACAAAGUCUAAGCAAUUAAAACUAAAUUUCAAACAAGUUUGCCUAGAAUUACGCCAGCAAGGCUUUCUCAAACCAAAAUUAGAUAGACUAUUGAAUGAACUGAGACCUAAUAAUGUUUUUAGCUAAGAAUAAAAUAGCAAAGAAGAUUUUUCCUUAUCCCUUUAGCAGUGUUAAGAGGAGUCUGACAAAUAUUAAAGCAAUAAUGCAGAAGAAUACGUUACCGAGAACAACUCUGUUAUUCUUAACGAAAGUGAUAUCAUGAAGAAUAAUAACAUUUAAUUCAAUGAAAUCAAGACUAGAAAUUUCUGUUUCAAAUCUAGAAGUAACCAGAAUCUAAAAAAUUACAAUAAGCAAAGUCCCGUUAGAUGCUCAAGAAAGUUAAGUGUCCAGGAAGAUACAGAACUAACUCAUCAUGAAAGUAGAUUUUAAAAUUUCAAAAUGUAGUUCUAACCAUCAGAUGGUGACAGCAAGAGCUUAUUUGGUAUGAGUGAAUAAAGUCCUUCAGCUGUCAAGCAUUUAGAUUAAAAAAUGUUCAAACAUUCAUAUCUCUCUUAAAACAAAGAUUUAAACUAAGCGAGUUCAAUAAGACUUUACAAUAUGUCGAAACUCCAAGUAAGUGGUGCGAGAAAUCACUCAGGAAUAAUAGAUUUCCCGAGAUUCCAAAAUAAAAACCACUAGAAACUAAUUGAACUGACUAAAUCACCUCAAAACAAAUUUAAUUUUAUACAGGGUAAAGAAAAUAUAUUGGAUCUUAGAAGGCAGUAAAGAAGCUAAUAAGAAAUUCAUAUAAUUUAGGAAAGAGAGACUAGACUCAUCUCACCAGAGGAAUAACUAAGGACAGUUGAUAAUAAUAUAAAUUAUAAUAAAAUAAGCACCUAAAAAGCUAGCUUUGUAUAUCAAGAGAAGAAAUUUAUGAAUAAAACUCAAAAAGGAGUUUCAAAAAAGCAAUCAGAAUUGAGUAUACAAAAUCCACUGCAAAUGACUGCAGAGCUUGAAAAUGAUUUGAAUAUUCUUGGCUAAUACACUUAAAAUGGCUGUUUAACAAAUAGAAAUGAGAGGAAGAAUGCUAAGAUAAUCAAGAAUAAUGCAAUAAAUAACAUUGCCUUUCUAUCACCACUUCAUGCCUUACACAAACAAGACUCAGCUCUUACUGAAAAAUAAGAUAGCAAGAUGUUUGGCAAGUACAGAGAAUCAACUCAAGAGAAUCACUCAUUCACCAUUAAUGGCUAAAUUGGCUAAACGAUUCAAAACAAAUAGCAUGAUAAUAUAACAUUUCCUUCUUCAAUUAGUACUCUCGAUCGUAAGGAGCAAAGAAAGAUGAUUCAAAAUAUUUAAGAGAGCAAGGAAUUCGAAAUGUCGGAGUAAGACUAGUAUAAUGAUUGCUUCUCUGAAAGAUUAAACAGAGAAAUAUCAAUCAAAGAUCAGAGAAUGACUUAUGAGGAACUAGAGGAGGAAAAGAAACCUCCUCAUCCCUCUAUAGUGUUCCAAGAAAAAAGGAACGUGCUUUCAUUAAUACCAUAGAAGAAAAAUAGUGUUAAUUACACGAAUAGUAUAAAGCUUCAUAAUGCCAGCACAUUCCAGGGUGUUCAAAGUAAUGAAACACAAGGUGCUACAUUUAUGGCAACUGCUACUUUUGAUAAUAAGGAAUUUUAGCCUUCAAUAAGGCACAAGCAAGAGAGAUCGAUGCCUGCUAAGUAUCAACCCCCCUCUUCUUGCUCUGUUGUUACACCUACAUACAGAGCUUAUCAGCAUGAUUAUACCACAUCCGGAUCUAUAAUAGAAUUAAACGUACUCUAGUCAAGUUAGAUAGAUUAGACUGCUUUCAAAUCCACAAAUAGACCUAACAAUGCUUAAAGUUCUUUGAGCCAGAACCACAUAACAAAUCUUUAGAAUUACUAGACAAGUACGAAGCAAAUUUAGUAGAGAAGGAGUCCAUAGCAUUCCAAUACACAUUAGAAACUCUUUUAAUCGCUUAUUGCUCAUAAGUAAAAUACAAGAAAUCAUUAAGAUAUCUUGUGCAAUACAAAUGACAAUAAAGUCGAUACUUCAAACUUUUUGAUGGAUUCAAAUUUGAAUAAAACCAACCAAUCUCUGAUGACAAGCUUACUCAAAGCUUAGAUAAAGCGUACUGAACUGCAAUCACAAAAGUUAAUUUCAGAGAUGACUGAAGUUGCUAACCUUAAGGAUAAUUAUGAAACAAAUUUAAAGAAGCAAGCAAACUAGUAUUAGAUUUAUUAGGAGAAUGAAAAUAGAUAUAUUGAGGAGAUAGAAGACCUUAAGAGGCAGCUUCUACUAAAAGAUAAAUAACUAGAAGAAAAAUCUAGAUAUGAGGAGAAUUAUCAUAAGUUGAAAGCAAGAUAUGAUCACCUUGUUCGCUUAGUCAAAGAUAUAUGUCCUGAGUUAUUGAGACAAAACUAAGCUAGAUUUAUAAGAGAAGGAGGUAUUUCAAUGAAUGACUUGUAGAGAUUAAUUUACUCUACAUUCAAGGACCAUUUGAAUAACGAUUAGGCUAACAGCAAUAGCAAUAAUAGUGAAAAUGAAUCUAUAUUUUCGAACCUUAACUUUAAUCUCGGCAACCUUAACCUCAGUCAAUAUAUCCUGAGAAAUAUUUGA